GUUUUCCUGCUCAGACGCGGCUAGUUCAAGUUGCCAUAGCAGAGUGAAGCUGAGGACUGUUCUUCUGUUAGCUUUCAGCCGCUCUGCGACAAACCAGCGGCUCUUUUCUAACGUAUUCACAGCGGUAGGAUUUAUUCCCGGUGUUUCCGCUGGAUGUGUGCGGAGUUUGUCGUUUUUACGGUAAUGUCACACGGCUAAAUUAGUUGGCUAACGGUGGGUUAGCUAGCUAACGGUCAUAGUAGUUGCCACUUGUUGCUAACAGGAGGACCAUCACUUCAACAAUGCUCAGCACCGUGAUUGAUGGAGAGGAGGGCAGUUUGAGCUGUAGCGUGUUGCUGGUCAGAUAGCUUCCUGUCUCCACUGGUUGUUGAGGUAACAAUGGUAAAGCUCCCAUUUCCGCUCGCUAUGACAAACAUAUCUAUUGUUAAUAACGUCCUAAACCAGCCCAGGUUGUUUGUUAAGCUGAUUAACGUCACAGUUAACAGUUAACGUUUUCCGCAGACGGAGCUAGUGCUGGUCACUAAUCGUCAGAUUUGCCCAGUCAGCCGUUUUUCCUCUCUGUCACUGUAAACUCGCCCUGUCCCCAAAUUAUGAACACAUCCAGUGAGUCGGACUCAUACGACAGGACCCGGGGGCAGAGGCCUCGGGGGCGUGAAGCCCACCGCAGAGCUGCCCGGGACAGGGGCAGAUCCAGUGAUGGUCGAGCCGCAGACAUCUCCGAGAAGAUCAGCACACUGGCGAGCACCUUACAGGACACCAGCAGGAACUUGACCAAAGUAGACCGGAUGCUGGGCCAGUACAGGGAGCACACAGAUGACCAGGCUGAAGCCAUGACACUGCUCAGGGAAAACCUGGAGGAGUCAAUCAGUCAGCUGCAGACUCAGAGGUUGAGCAAAUCCAAUGGGGCUCGGAGCGCCUCAGGUUCAGCCUCCACCCUUCACACCAGUGACCUGGAGGAUUGCUCGGGAUCAGAUGGCCAGCGUUUCUUCCCUACAUCACCACUGAGGGACUAUACAAGCACUCCAGGAAGGAGGAGGAGGUCUCAGUCUGCCGGUGUUCGCUUCAAGGAUGCCAGCCUCUCGGGAGAAGAUGUCCACGCUUUGCACCAGUCCUUGAGGGAUCUGCGUUGUGACCAGCAAAGAAUAUCUCAUGACCUGGAUAGAGAAAUCCUCAGGAGAAAUAAGUCUGAUAUCGACACCAGGCGAGCGAUGGAGAGCCUCACAGAGCACAUGAUAACUAACCCAAGACAGGCCUCGGUGUCGUCUCGUGUGGAGCGGCGUCUGCAGGAGCUGGAGAGAGAGAUGCAUACUGAGCAAAGCAGUGUGGCGAGGGAGAGAAGGCCCGAUCAGCGGGUGGCCAUGUCUGACGAGCUGCAGGAGACCUCAGGGAGACGUCAAGUUCAAGAGGAGGCUGUGACAGCCAGGCUACUGAGAGCAGACAGGGAGAAGACCAAGGUGGAGCAGGAGCUGGAGAGAGCUAGAAGACUACUGGAGCAGUCUGAGGACAGCAGAGAGUCCCUUGUUCAACAGGUGGAGGACAUGCGCAGUGAGCUGCUGAGGACGAGGAGGGAGAGGACCGAGCUUCAGAGGGCCCGGCUGGAGACUUCUCAGCCCAUUGCUCAGCCACAUGGCAACCACACCGACAGGGAGGAGGGGCAGCGAGGGUCAGAUCGUUUGAGCCUGGAGAAAGAAGUGGCAGAGCUGCGAACACAGCUGCGCACAGCCUCAGUCCUCAGUGAGGGUGAAGAACUGAAGAGGACUCUGGACCGCAAGGAGAAGGAGAGGGUCCAACUCAGCUUACAGGUGGAGGAAUUGUCAUCAGACCUGGCGCGGCGGGAGCAACAGCAGCUACGAAUGCUGGAACAGCUGAAGGAGAUGCAGAGCCGAGGGCAGGCAGAGAGGAGGGAGACAGAGGCGUUACUCCAGGAGAGCACGAGGAGCAGAGAUGAAUUGAAGACCAGGGCCCAAGAGGCCGUGCGCCAGUGGAGGGCAAAGUGCAGGAGGCUGCAGAAGGAGCUGGAGGAGGAGAGGGCCCAGGCUCAAUUCCAUACCAACAAGGCCUCGCAGGCAGCCAGGGAAAAGGAGAGCUCUCAGGCCCAGCUGAAGGCGCUGAGCCAGCAGACUGAGGCGGCCCGCAGGGAGCUCGCUGAAAUCUUAGGCCGCUUGGCCCAGCGCGAGGAAGAACUCCACCGCAAGGACGUGGAGCUGUCUGAGACCCGCCAGCGCCAGUUGUCACUGGAGCAGGAAAUCCGGGAGGUGAGGGAGGCCUCGGCUGCCCUGGAGGAGGAGACUCUGCGUCUGGCCACCAUCCAGACAAGACUGAAGGAAGAGAACCAGAGGCUGGAAGAACAAGCUGACAGCCGAGCCCGUCGCUGUCAGAGAGACCAGGACACGCAGGCUGAGCUCCAGGCCGCUCUAAAGCAGAUGACCUCAGCCCAUGCUCAGCUCAUCCAGCAGUUAGCUGAGGAGGAGAGCUCCAAGAAGAAGCUCCAGAAGGGCUCCAUGGAGCUACAGGCCAAGCUGACAGCAGUGCAGGAGGAGCGGGCCGCGCUGGGGCAGCAGCUGCAUCUCGAGAGAGAGGUGCAUCAGAAAGAACUGGACAACACGAAGGCGAUGAUGGAGGAGAGCAGGACGAAGAAGUAUCGUGAAGUGCAGGACAUGCUAAAGCUCUGCCGGGAGGAGCGGGAUGAAUUACAGGCGCGCCUGAAGGAGGUUAAGGCAGAUGCAACGUCAGACAAGGAGCUGUGUGGGGCGCUACGCAUCAAGUUGGACAGGAUGAAGGAUGAGUGCGAUAAGCUGGCAGCACAGCUGAGCACAAAAGACGAGGCACAUGCACUCCUCCACAGAAAGUACCAGCUAGUCAAACAGGAACUGGAUGACAAAGUCAGGUCAGGUGAGCGGAGACGUGCUUCAGAGUCGGAGCUUGUUAAGCUGGAGGAGAAGGUGUUGCGGAUGGAAGCAUAGCAGGAGGCAGUCCUUACCUCCAUGGGCGAGGAACUAGAUGCAGCUUGUUGCAGCCUUGCGAAGAACGGUGAAGACAAACUACAGGCGAUCUCCCAGAAACCUGGAUUAGUGAAAGACCCUCACCGCUGGCUGGCUGAGACAAAGACCAAGAUACGCUGGCUGUGUGAGGAGGUGCGGGAAUGCAACACAAGAGAACAGCGCCUCAGGAAGCAGCAACAACAGACCAGGGAUCAGUUGAAGGCCCUCAGGCAGAGUCGGGAUUCCGAGCAGGAGGCUCUCCUGCAGCGUCUGGACCAACAGGAGAAGCUGCUGCACUCCGUCAGCACUGAAAAGAGAGAGCUGCUGGAGAAGAGUCGCAGGAAGGAGGAAGAAAUGAGGAGCCUUCAGGAUCGCGUUUUGGAUCUGGAGAUGAACACACGAGUCGCCCUGGACCACCUGGAGUCGAUUCCAGAGAAACAAUGUCUGAUGGAGAACUUUAAAGAUUUGGAGGAGUCACAGCGACAGAGGGAGCUGGUAGAGCAGCGUUACACCAAAUACAAAGAGAUCGUCUGGGACCUGCAGCACCAGCUGGACGAGUCCAAACGCAGGAUCCAGGAGUACAGAGAUGAGAAACUGGACGCCACCUCCAGGAGCCUGAGACUGGCUGCUCUUUCUUCCUCCAUGAAAGGCCCCAGCACGUUUCUCAGCAGCUCACUGAGAUCUGACACACUGUGUGAGUAA